AUGGAGCUCCUGGGAAUGACCACUAUUUUUUUGCUGGUCUGCAUCUCGUGCCUUCUUCUCUUUGCCACAUGGAGAAGCAUAUCUCAAAAACAGAAGCAGCCUCCUGGUCCUGUCACAGUCCCCAUUGUUGGAAGCCUACUCCAUCUGAACCCGUGGAACUUGCCUGAAAGCCUGAAGAAGCUCAGCAAGAAGUAUGGUCCUGUCUUCACAAUACAUUUAGGCCUACAAAAGAUUGUGGUGCUGUAUGGCUAUGAUGUUGUGAAAGAAGCUCUAAUUGAUCAGGCAGAUGACUUCAGUGGAAGAGGCAAUCUACCACUGAUUAAAAAACUCUUCCAAGGCACAGGCAUUGUGACCAGCAAUGGAGAGACCUGGAAGCAGCUCCGACGAUUUGCACUCUCCACCCUGCGGGAUUUUGGGAUGGGGAAGAAGAGCAUCGAGGAGCGAAUCCAGGAGGAAGCUCAUUUUCUGGUGGAGAGGAUCAGGAACACACAUGAGCAACCCUUCAAUCCUGGCAACUUCCUAGUCCACGCUGUUUCCAACAUCAUCUGCUCCAUCGUCUUUGGGGAUCGGUUUGACUAUGAGGACAAGAAAUUUCUGACUUUAAUUGAGUUGCUAGAUGAAAACAACAAGCUCCAGAACUCUAUACAAACACAACUCUACAAUUUCUUCCCAACUCUCAUGGACUACUUACCUGGGCCUCACCAAAAAAUGAUCAAAAAUGUUGAAAAAGUUGAUCAAUUUACUUUAGAAAUCAUAGCAGAACACCAGAAAACCCGGGAUCCCUCUUGUCCUCGUGAUUUUAUUGAUGCUUUCCUUAACAAAAUGGAACAGGAAAAAGGGGAUGGUCACUCAAAAUUCACCAUUGAGACCUUGAGCAGAACCACGCUCGACUUGUUCCUUGCAGGAACAGGGACCACCAGCAUCACACUGAGACAUGGAUUUCUGAUUCUCCAGAAAUACCCAGAGACAGUAGAAAAAAUUCAAAUGGAGAUUGACUGUGUGAUUGGCCGAGACCGAAGCCCCUGCAUGGCAGAUCGGAGCCAGAUGCCCUACACAGAUGCUGUGGUCCAUGAAAUCCAGAGAUUCAUUGAUUUCCUUCCAUUUAAUGUCCCACAUACUGUGAUGAAAGACACCAAGUUCAGAGACUAUUUUAUCCCCAAGGUCUGUUCCACUGUGUCUGAGAAAG